AAUCACGAUCGAGGAUUUGGGCACCAAUUUAAACCCGAGAGCAAACGCUUCCUGUUUUGUUUACUGCAAUACACAAGUGGACUGCGAGGAAAGGACAAACAUUUGGUCUGUUUAAGCAACUUUAUCUGGGAUAACAGAAUCCUUAGCACACGAGUAACUGAGAGAUUAAGUCGGAAGUCUAUGUUGAACUCCGAGUGUAUCCUAACAUUAGCUUCACUAAGUUAGCCAGCAGCUAACGUUAAGUCAGGUCACUUAACGUUAGCUUCGGUUGAAAUAUGCCGUCCCGUGUGGAGGACUACGAGGUGCUGUACACUAUAGGCUCGGGCUCCUACGGAAGAUGUCAGAAAAUAAGGCGGAAAUCCGAUGGGAAAAAACCAGUUAUAGGAGGUGCAACAACUCUUUUUAUCGCAGCUGACUGCUGAGUGAUUUUGCUGACUCAAAAACCCCUGCGGCAUGAAAGAUCCUUGUGUGGAAGGAGCUGGACUAUGGCACCAUGGCUGAGGGUGAGAAGCAGAUGCUGGUGUCAGAGGUGAACCUCCUGAGGGAGCUCAAGCACCCAAACAUAGUACGGUACUACGACCGCAUCAUAGACCGGACUAACACCACUCUGUACAUUGUCAUGGAGCACUGCGAGGGUGGGGACCUGUCCAGCCUCAUCAGCAGAUGCAUCAAGGAAAGGCGUUAUUUGGAGGAGCAGUUCAUCCUGCGGGUCAUGGCACAGCUCACAUUGGCUCUGAACGAGUGCCACAGACGCAGUGAUGGCAGUGCCACGGUUCUUCACCGAGAUCUGAAACCAGCCAACAUCUUCCUUGACAUCAGGCAGAACGUGAAGCUCGGAGACUUUGGACUAGCGAGGAUCCUGAACCAUGACACCAGUUUUGCAAAGACAUUUGUCGGGACACCUUACUACAUGUCUCCAGAACAAAUGAAUCGGAUGUCAUACAACGAGAAGUCAGAUAUUUGGUCCCUGGGAUGUUUGCUAUAUGAACUCUGUGCAUUAUCCCCUCCAUUUACUGCCUACAACCAAAAAGAGCUGUCAGAGAAGAUCAAAGAGGGAAAGUUCAGAAGAAUCCCGUACAGAUACUCUGAGGAACUGAACGCGCUGCUCAGCAAAAUGCUCAACUUGAAGGACUAUCUGAGGCCCUCUGUGGAGUCUAUUCUCCAGAGCAGCCUACUGGCUGACGCUGUCGCUGAGGAGCAGAGGAAGGCACAAGUGCGACUCAGGAAAAAGUCGGCGGAAACUGACCGUCCACUUAACAAACCGGCUGAACCAACAUCGGCCUCUGCUGCUGCAGAGCUCAGACUCAGAGAACAGGCGCUGCGAGACAGAGAGAAGGCGCUGAAGGAACGCGAGGAGAGGCUGGAGCAGAGAGAGCAGGAGCUUUGUGUUCGUGAGCGACUGUCAAAUGAGAAGCUUGCGAGAGCAGAGAGUUUGCUGAAGAAUUACGACAGUCUACAGCCGCAGAGGAACAUGGCACUGUUCUAUGGCAAAGACAUAGAUGAGGAGAACAUCUCCCCCGGCAAGCGGAAGGUCCACUUUGCUGGUGAGAGCAAAGAGAACCGGCGUCCCGAUAGUCGGCAGAGUGCGACGUCUCAGGAGCUGAUUUUGAGGAGGCUGCAGGUGGCCAAGCUGCGCGCUCAAACACUGAAUGAAGUGGAGAAAACCUGCCAGUUCAAGAGCAGGCAGCUACUCGGCAUCCGCUGAUCAUACAGGCGACUGAUGCUGUCAGAUUUGUGACUGAAUGUAAAAAAAAAAAAAACUUGUGAAGGCUAGAAGUCAAUAACUGGAUGUAAAUAGGAUAAUUGAGUGGGUGUGACAACAGUGCAGCUAAAUUAUUCAAUCCAAAGUUUGUCAUGUGCAUGUUAUUGCAAUUUUUGUUUUCUGACUUCUGUGUCAGGAUUUUAUUUACUUUGAUCUGUGGAUGCUGUUGUGAAUGUACUGUGUGUUCUUCUCAAAUAUAAGUUAGUUUUCUUGUACAGAAAAAUACACAAAGGGAAGGCUUUUUAAUGACUUGUGUCUGUAACCAUACAACAAAGUGUGUAAACGUGUGGUUUAGACAGUAGGGCUAAUAUUGUUACGCACAGUGAAACUAUGCAGACAGAAUAUUUCUAUGUCAGGUAUUACAUUAUACCACUCACAGUAGUAAUAAAUUAUUAAGAUAAAAUAAGAACA